CAUUUUCUUUCUGACCAUUAGAAAUUAAAAGGUAAGUUUUUUGGGUUGAAAAAUAUUUUGAUACUUACUAAAGCAUUUUUUGUGCUUCUUUUAGUAUUUUGUAAAAUGGAUGAACAAGAUGGUCCAACAACACCUCCAAAAAAGGCUAAAAGAAUAAAUAAAUAUAGAAAAGAAUGGGAAAAUACCUUUAAUUGGCUCACAGAAGAUAAUCAAAAAGCUAGGUGCAAUUUAUGUAAAAAGUCUUUUUCAUGUAUGUAUGGAGGUCUGGGUGACAUAAAGAGGCACGCGGAAGGUGCUGAUCAUAAAAAACACGAAGUUGUGGUAAAACAAAAUAAAACACUACAAUCAUUUUUGGGUCAAACAGAAGCUAUGAACUCUCAGCAAGAAAAAAUACUGGCCGCAGAAGUGACAAACGUGUAUCACACUGUUAAACAUGCUCAUUCCUAUAAUUCAUUAGAUUGCACAACGCAGUUGCUUUCAGUAAUGUAUUCUGAUUCCCAUAUUGCAACAAAAAUUCGUUUGGGUAGGACAAAAGCAAGUAUGAUUGCUUUUAAUGUCCUUGCCCCGUUUUCAAUACAAAGUCCAUUAUGUGAGCUUAGCAAAGGAGUAUUUUUUGGAAUCUCUACAGAUGCCUCCAAUCAUGGAAGCGCUAAAUUAUUCCCAAUACUUCUAAGAUAUUAUACACCAUCAGAAGGAGUAAAAUUAUUUCUUCUUGAUUUUUUCGAAGAUCCCGACGAAAGCGCAAAUGCCAUUUACACCAAUAUAAAAACUAGAAUUGAAAAAGCAGGCCUUUCAUUAAACAACAUGUCAUGCUAUUCGGCUGAUAAUGCAAGUGUAAAUUUUGGACGCUUUCAUUCUGUGUACCAAUUAUUAUAUAAGGAGAAUAAUUCAGUUCUUGCUGUGGGUUGUCCUGCGCAUAUGGUGAACAAUUCUAUAAAAAAUGCUUUAGCAAAAUGCCGUUUUGAUGUGGAAACUUUGGUUUUAAAAACUUUCAGCCAUUUUUCAUCUCAAGCAAAAAGGUGCAAAGAGUUAAAAGAUUUUUUUAAUUUCGUGGAUUUGGAAUAUAAAACUAUUUUAAGGCAUGUGCCAACUCGUUGGCUAAGUUUAUUUCCAGCCAUAGAAAGAUUACUGAACAUUUUCCCAGCCAUCAAAAAAAACUGA